AUGGCUGAACUUUCGUCGGACGCGCAUGUCCGAGAGGUACUCUUUUUCCUGGCGCAAAGGCAGCAGUUUCGGCGGAUUCAAAGGCUUUGUAUGCGAGAACUUACCGUGAGGUUCAGUGCUGAGCUUCUCUUUUGGCACUCCUUCGCUUUAGCAGAAGAAGGAAGCGUAGCAGAGGCUGAGCAAAAGCUUCAAAGUCUGCUAACCAAGAAAAAGGUCGCCUUCGCAGCUGCAUCAGCUCUGCAUCAUUAUCGCGCGCGAAAAAGGUUCGCUGGAACAAGCGAGGUGGAUUCCGAGGAGACGCGAACAAAGGCGCUUGAGGAGAAAGCGUCCGCCAACGAUGCUGCGAUCCUUCUCGCCAUUCGCUUCUUUCUUUUGGUGGGCGAGUUGGAGACCGCUUCGUCCCUCCUCACUGCCCAGGAAAAGCUGCGCGAGACUAUCUACUACUACCCGUGGUUUUGGCCAGCGUCGAUAUACAAAAGCGAACUCCUUAUGAUGCUUGGGCGCUGGGAGGAGGCGACAGAGUGCGCUAGGCGCGUACUCCAAGUGGAAGAGGAUGACUUAGACAGCCACAAGGUCGUCGCUCUACAAACGGUUGCUUAUAAAGGGGACAUAGACCACGGCAUCCUGAAAAUUCGGGAGUUCUUUCAGCUCCUCGCGGUUCACACGCGAGGGCGGUUCUCGCCUCAUCACAGCCUGCUGCUCAGCAGACUCAAGAUUCGACGAGGCGUGAAGCUCAGUGCGGGGGAGCACGAAACGAUGGCUAGUCUCCAGGAAGCCAUGCUCAGCGUCGAUGAAGCCGUUUCCGCGACCGUCCUCGACUUUCGGUCUACUCUGGGGACGGGGUUCUUCAUCGCCUUUCGGGCGGACCUCCUCUUUGACGCAGCAACGAGAUAUAUGGACUUGGCGUGGUUCGCGACUCAAUUGAACGCCUUUAGACCACCGUCAGGGACGUGCACUGUGACGCUUGGCGCAGGCUUUCUGACGGCGGCGACCCCCACGAAAGAAACUGGUUUCGUCCAGAUCGCACUCAGCAAAGCCUUGUCCGUGCUCACGACUCUUUGUCACUUCAUGCCGGUGCAUGGCUUGGCGCAGCUUACCGGACAGCCGGCAGAGGGCCUCGAGCAGCUCGAAAAAGCCCUGUCUCUCGACACCGCUUUGAAAGACUCUUUCCCUUACCAUUUUGUCAAGGCCGAACUGCACAUGCAGAAAGAGGACUACGCCCUCGCCGUGUCCACGCUGGAAGAUGCUGAGAAGCUGGCGAGUGUCGCACGGGAGCAGACGCCGCACCCCCACGUGGAGGGGCAGGCGCCAUCACAGGAGGCGACGGCGAAGAGCGGGGGCUUGUCGCGAUUGUCUCGACGCCCUUACAGAUAUCUCUUGUUUCCCGUGACGGCGCUGGAGCGGACGGAGUGCCUAUGCCUCAUGGCGACUGCCGCCGCGAAGUGCAACCGCUUGGAAGAAGCAGCUGAAAUCCUGUCGCGCGCGGCUUCUGAGCUUGAUGGAGACCCGCUCGCGGAUCGCAUCGUUCUCUGUCAAGCGUCUCUAUCCGCCAACUCUGGAGACCUGGCCAGCGCGGAGCGGCUCCUGCGCUCUGUGGAUGAGACGAGUCCCUUCUACGUCAAGGCGCAAUUGAGUCUGGCGCACAGGUUCCUAAAGGAAGACAGGAACCGCGACGCGUACGCCCGCUGCUUCAGAGACAUUGCCGAGGUGCAGCCAACGGCCGAUAACUUCGUGGCUCACGGCGAGGCCCUUCUAGAAGUCUACGAACCCAGAGGAGCCGUCGAGGCGUUCGAACGGGCAGUGCGCGCGAGACCUGAGGACGGCAGACUCGUCCGACGCGUCGUCGACGCCCUCGUGAAGACGCAUCAGUACGAGCGAGCGAUUGCUUACGCGAGGGACGCCCUCCGCGACCAUCCCGACGACCUGGAGCUGAGACGCGACUUGGUCUCGCUUCUCUUUAGGUUGAAAAGAUGGCAAGAGGCCAUCGACACUGCGUCGCCUCUCGAGGGCGACGGCAUCACCCACGAAGGAAAUUCUGCUCUUCAAACCAAGAUCCAGGUGCUGCUUCUAAAGGUGAAGGCGCUGCUCGCCCAGACAUCGUCGUGCUCAGAUUGCGAAAAACAAACUGAGCUAGAAGAAAGGGCCUUGCGAACCUUGCACCGCUGUCGAGCUGCGGUAAAACGUCAUCUCGAGAGUCAUCCGCAGAGUGCGGGGUUUACGUCUGGCGACAGCCCGUCCAUCUCCCAGCUCGGGGCGGACGUGUACUGCCAGCUGGGGGCGAUUAUGGAGCGGAGCCGCCGUGAGGCGACGCAGGUCGCGCAGCGUUUUCAGGAGGCGCUGGAACUCGACAGCAGCCGCACCGCGGCGCUCCUCGCGCUCUCGCGAAUUCAUUCGCGGCAGGGGAAUUUGGAGGCUGCGGAGGAGUACCUCUCCGCACUGCACCUUCUAGACCCUGCCAACGAAGAGGCGUCCCUCAUCAAGUCGGAGAUCGUUGCGGCGGCGCUCUCAGACUUUUCAAAGCACAGACCGUGUGAUCUCGUCAGCCACUGUCUAUCUCUCCUAAGCCUCAGUCCGCCUCAUUUCAAGGCGCUGGGCGACGCGCUGGCGUUAAUGCGAAAGCAAGGUCUGCUCAUCGAGAGCUACCACUCGCUACUUACCGCCCUCGAGGACCUGAGGCAACGCGCCGACGGCCCGUACAUCGAGGCGGGCGCGAACUACUGCCUGGGCAUAAUCAAGCGGUGGCGGCGAUUUCCGCAGGAAGCGCUCCAACACCUGGACAGUGCGAAGCGGCACCCGAGUUUCUAUCACGACUGCAUGCGGCACAUGGUGGAAAUUAGUCUGGAUCCUGGCGAAUGCAUAACAAUCGAGACGCUUUGCGGCCGCCCGACGUAUUCACUCCGCUCGCAUUCGACAGCGUCGCUGGACGGUUUUUCCGAGGCUGAGAGGCUGCUGCGGGAGUGGACCGCCACGGGGCCCCCGCUGGAACUCAAGCCCCGACUCGUGACGUGGCAAAUCGAGGCACUCGCGUUCUCCAAGGAGACGCGCAAACUGGAUCUCGCGCUGAAAACUGUCGGAGAACUCCUGCUGCAGCGUUGCGACGACGUGCCGCUCCUCUUGGCGGCCGCAGAAACAUUGCUGGUCAUGCGACAAAUCAGCAAGGCUCGCGUUCACCUCAAGCGCAUCUGCGAGUUGGCGAAGCAGGGCGUCGAUCGAGCCAUCGAACCCGAGACAGAACGCGCCUGCCUGCUCUUAGCUGAACUCUACAUUCAAGGAGGGAAAAUUAGCAGCGCGGUCCCGCUCAUCGCCCUCGUCACAAAUGCGAACAAAGAAUGCGCGCGUGCCUGGGAGUUACUUGGGAUCUGCAAUGAGAGGCGAGGGCACUAUGAACAGGCUGCCCACAAUUUCGAGAAGGCAUGGGCGCUUGUCAACAAACGGAAUGUAACAGUAGGAUACCGUUUGGCAGGCAGCCUUCUCAAGGCAAAACUGCCUGUUAAAGCUAUCUCUGCAUGCCUUGAAGUCCUAAAGCAGAAACCGGACUUCGCCAAAAUUCGAAAAGACGUUCUGGAAAAAGCAAGGAGGGAACUGCGGACGUGA